AUGGACAGUUGCGUAAGGGGCUGCGCUCGAAGCGGUGCGGUGGAAAGAGCGGUUGGAAUCGAGGUGGAACCAUGGCGAACUGCAGAGAUAGUGAGGGUUCAUCAUCAUCAGUACCACAGUCAACAACGAUCUCGAUGGCGCCAUCACUGCCGUCAUCGUCGUCACUACCGUCAACGUCAGAAAAAAUCUCGAGCAGUGGAACAGAUUCAAGUAAGUACCACGGCAACCACAGACACAAGUGCUAGCAGCGCUGCGGGCAGCAAAAGCACAGUAUCCACCACAACCCCAACGACGACAACAGCAGGUACGACUACAUUACCACCUGUUGACGUCAAUUACGUCGAGUUCACUAGAAGAUGUUCGUCAGGAAGCUGCCAGUAUAUACUUGUAGCUCCCCAUAACAAUCAAACAGUGAUGGCGAUGGAUCAAGCAGAGUUUGAAAGCGAUUCUUAUGAUGUUCAAAACAUCUCCUUACAAGUUCAAAACUACAGCGAUUCUCUGAGCUCAUCGACGACGUAUGCUCAGGGACAAAUAAACAACUUAAGUACAGAAUUACAAGAAGCGCAGAACCUUCUUGCUGGAUACCAAACCGAUCUUGACGGGAUCAGUGGAAACUUAACCACCGCCGAAAUCAAGCUGAAAUUUUCUAGUGACUACAUCUCUUUCCUUUCGUUGAACCCUCAGAUGUGCUACUAUAAAUGCAUUGGACCUGCGCCAACAACGCCGGCACCAAGUACGACGACAAUCCCACCUUCAACAGCACCAUCACCAUGCUCCAAUUUCACUUGUCCUAGUGGUAGCUGCAAUCUGGACAACUUCAACAACCCCUACUGCGAUUCUUGUCUUGGAAAUUUGGAUGGAUAUAAGCAGUGUGGAACUGGUUCGUGCAGCAGCGCGGGCAUCACAGUAACAACCGAACCAGACACUCGUGAGCCUUUCUUUUCUCCCGGAUACUAUAACACUACUGACGUUCUUCCACAGGACAACAGUAUCACUUGUACGUGGAUAUUGUAUUCGAGUAAUGGUGCAAGCGGAUACAACGCUUCUGAACUCGACUUUUCUGGACUCGAUACCAUCACAUCGUCUUUGGUGUUUUAUUCUCCAAAUGGAGCAACAAUCACGGCAAACAACAAGUUCAAUCAGAAGAAGCUGCAGUUAGCACUAAGCGCAACACCCGUCACCAUCCAGUUCACGGCAUCGAAGGAUUCCAAAUCGUGGUUCAAGUGGUACAUGAUGGAAGCUUAA